UUAAGGGAAAAAAUAAUAAUUCUAACAAACAUUAGACACUAACACUUUUAAAAUCGUCAGAGUGACAAACAAUCAUAUUUUAUCAGAUAUAAAUUUUUUUUGUCAAAAGCCCCUAAAAAGUAAAAACUAUAGAGUGUGUUGUACACCAGCAGAAAAAUGUACAAGACCUCACGACCCUCGUUCCAUACAAAACAAAAAAUUGGAUUUUGUUUGAUGAAACUUUGAGUUUAAUGGACCAUUAAGUAAAAAGAAAUGUAUCUAUGAGGGCUAAAAGUAAAAUUAUAAAAAAAACCACCAUCAACGCAAAGCAUUGUUGUGCUUUCUUUCACAGGUUUUACUGCCAUUUUCUAUAAAAUUUCAAAUCCGAUUCCGAUUCCUUUAAACCCAUCGAUUAUUCUCUCCCAAAAUCAAGCUCCUUCACUUCACAGAGGCGAUAACAAUGGCGAUGUCGAUCAGACGUUUUGAGCAUGAGACCCCCAACAAUACCCACGACACUUUUGAGGUCACCUUCUUUGAAGACACUGUUCUACCUAUAGUCACAAAAACACCAUCCAUCGUCGAUGUGUGGGUAACCCGCAUCGAACACAAAUACCGCCGUCGUCCCCACUCCCUCGUCGUCGGCGUCGAUGUUGAGUGGCGUCCUAAUCUCAUUCGGAGCUACGAAAACCCUGUGGCUACCCUCCAACUGUGCGUGGGACGCCGCUGUCUGAUUUUUCAACUCCUCUUCUCGCCUACAAUGCCUCAGUCGCUCAAAAACUUCCUCCGCAAUCCCUCCUACACAUUCGUCGGCGUCGGGAUCAAUAACGACGUAGAGAAACUUAUGCAGAAUUGGAACCUGGAGGUUGCGAAUACGGCUGACAUUGGGGAUUUGGCAGCAGAGGAGUAUGGCAUGAGGAAUCUUCGGAAUGCAGGGUUGAAAGGGUUGACGAGAAGGGUCCUCGGAAAGGAGUUGAUCAAACCCCAGAAUGUUACGAUGAGCGAUUGGGAUGAUGAACGGCUGACUCUGGCGCAAGUGCAGUAUGCGUGCAUCGAUGCUUUCUUGAGUUAUAAGAUUGGGAGCAUUUUGAUUUCUGGAAAUUAUAACUGAUUGAAUUCGCAAUCUAUGAUUCUACGAUCUAAGGUAUUGUUUGACAAGAACAUGUUAGGGUUCUUAAUGAUUUUAGUAGUGAAUGUUUUUUUGAUGAUUUAGGGAUAUGAUGCUUUAAUUGAAUGAAUGGAUUUCGGA